GAAAAACAGCAGUAGCUGGAGUAUUUCGAUAUUUGUCACCUUUUAGUUGUUCCUUCUUUUUUUGUAUAAAUUAAUGUAUUCUGUUUUAUUCUUAACCAAACUAUAUUUGUACCAUAUCUGUACUUAACCAACCAGACUAUAUUUGUAUUUUUCUUUGCCUGUGGAGGAACCUAGCAAACAUUCAGAGGUAUACAGACAGUUUUGUUUGCAAAUGCAAAUGCAAAAAAUUGUGCCAGACUCACUUAUUUAAUUAACGGCAGAAACAGUGACCCAGAACAUAGACACAUAGGAGUACAUUAGACAGAAUAUUGCAAUAUUUAAACAUGUCCAACUCAAUGACCAGAUAUAAAUUCAAUUUUGCAUGCAUUUAAUUCUGAACCGAUAAUAUCGUAUUAUUCGAAACACGUUUAUUUUUAUUAGAUCAUCUUUUCAAUACGGAACCUCGUAAUUAGUCAAACAAACUUGCGUAGCACCUUAAAUUUUCCUACCGAAUAUGGCGCUACAGACAUCGCGUUUGCUGAUUGGUUCUCUCCGACGAAUUGGGGCGGACUCGCAUUGUGGUCUAAACGGUGAUUUGCUUACAGAAGCUGCCAUUCACGCUACGAGGGCCUGUGUUCAAAUUACUCUCGUAUUCGCAUGUUUUCGUUAAUUUAAUAAGUCACGUUGAACGCGUCGUAGUGAAGAGAACGCUCAUGUUUUCACUUUUCUGUACAGACAAAUGCUCCAUCCUCAAGGUUAUAUAGCUGUCAGUUAAAGCAUUUCAUGUCUAUCGAUCUAUGGGUCACUUAAAACGAUCCCGGAACAGCACAGAUCACCCACGCUUGCGCAGUUGGUCUCAAGUUGUUUCUGGACGAACAGAAACCGGACGUUCAUCAUCUGCUGCCGCUCACUUAACACCAAACCAUUAUAUGGUGGGUCUGCAAAGACAGCCUUCCUAUCCUUCAUGAGCGGACAUUUUCAAACGAUCGCCUGUUGCUAUGGCGACGUCUCUGCUGCCUUGGUCAGACAAAGCUCUCGCGCUGCUAUGCCGCAUGAAUAACUUUCAUUUGCCAGGCUCCAGCCUUGUCCGCUGCCGGCGGUUCGUGAUCGAGGGGCAGCAGGUGGGAUGGGUCCCCCCCGUGGUUGCGUCCAAACUCACCCGCUUCCCCGAAGUGUUCACGUCGUCGGGCUCAGGGGAGGCCGGAGCCGUCGCGCUGUGUCCCGCGCUGGACUCCUACCGCAAGAGGUCGGAGGCCGUGAACACCGUCCUGCAGCAGCUCAGGGAGGAGGACACGUUCUCCUGUUUGAGAGGCUGGAGAGAUGAGGUGACAUUGAUUGGGGCGAUGGUCGGUACACAUGAUGGCACUGAGAAAGUGUGUGCGCGUGCGCGCGCGCGCGCCCCCCACCGCUCCCUUCUUAAACGUCGUUCGUUUGUUCGUUUGUUUGCUUGUUUGUUUGUGCUCCAGAAGUACGAAGUCAUGCCACGCUUCUGCGACCAGUCACUCAUGUGCAUGGAGAGAGCCGCCACCAGUCUGUUCGGAGUGAAGCGGUACGGGGUCCAUGUGAACGGCUACAGGCAGGAGGAGGACGGCACGGUGACAAUGUGGCUUUCGCGGCGCUCCCGCACCAAGCAAACGUACCCUGGCACACUGGACAAUUUGGUAGCUGGGGGGCUGGCUGCAGGAACCAGUUUGCAAGAAACCCUGAUAAAGGAAUGUGAGGAGGAAGCCUGCAUCCCAGCAUGCAUUGCUGAGACCGCCUGCCCUGUGGGCACCGUCAGCUAUACUUACGAGGAUGAGGAUGGGGUGUUUCCAGAGAGCCAGUUUGUGUUCGACCUCAAGUUGCCCCUUGAAUUUCGUCCUCAAAUUGGGGAUGGAGAGGUGCAAGAUUUCUACCUCUGGCCCCUAGAUCAGGUGAAGGAGGUGCUGGUCAGUGAGGAUUUCAAGCCCAACAGUGCCAUGGUGGUUCUGGACUUCCUCAUUAGACACUCCUAUGUACAUCCUGAUGCAGAGCCUUAUUACCAGGAGUUUGUGACUGGGUUGCACAAGUCUCUGUGAAUACUGAUGGAGACGGAACACACAACCAAGAAAACCAUGGGGAGAAUUCGCUAUGCUGUAAGAUCUGAAUUGUGCUGGGAGGAAGUCACUGGUUUUAGGGACCUUUAAAACAGAUCAGUACAGUGGGUCCCCUGUUUGCCAAUUUAAUUGAGACCAAGGGUGGGUUUAUUACCUGAAAAGUCAGUCAAAUGUGACAUGGAGUGGCUGAGAAGCUCCUCAUCAGUUUUGUAUCAAGAUGCUUGUGUGACAUACACUGGAAAAAAAGUCUUGGAGUAAGUGUACUUGGGAGAAUCGUGUGUCUGUCGACUGGUGGAAUGCAGUCUUGUUUACACUGAGUUGUACAUUGCUUUGGAGAAAAUUGUCUGCUAAAUGAAUAAAUAUACAUGUAAAUGUCAGCAACCCUGACAGCUAUGCAGGCUGCAUGGCAACACUGGAGUCUCUUGGAUUGGCACAAAGCACAUCAUCUUCCCCCCCAUGGAGCAAUUUGCAAAGAGCAGAGUGGCCAACAGCCUGUGUGUGUGGGGAUGCUUUGUCUAUGUGCCUGUGUGGAGUCACCCUGGGAGUACUAUUUAUCACGUGCUGUAAAUAAAACGUGAAGAAUCCUGGCCAGAGCCAAGUGAACAUAAGAUUGUGCAUGAUUGCUAGCUGUGGGUGCACAACAUCAAUUGGUAUAUUUGCAUUAUGGAUAAAAAAAAAAAUACUAAAUACCUGUCAGGUAAUAUAGUUUGAUGUGAUACUCAUAAGUGCAUGAGUCAGGGAGCUGUUGUGUGACUAAAUUUAUAUUCACCAGCAAAAGUGAUAAAAUCAAUGUGACCAGGAGUUUCACUGUGGGAGUUCUAGUCCUGGGACAGUCUAAGGCAAGUCUAGUCAUUAUAACAGCCUUGGCUAAUCAGCUGGACUAUCUGGACGACUUUUUUUGUACAAAAGAUAAAACGGCUGGAAUGCUGCACAUUAAGGCAAUCGCUUUCUUCUUGCUCGCCCUCACUCUGAACAUUG